CUCUCCCUCUCCCUCUCUCCCUCUCUUUCUCUCUCUCUUUCUCUCUCUCUCUCUGUCGGGCAGUCACCCACCACUGCCGUCCCAGUGCUGGGGGGACCUUUCCCAAGCUGUAGCUGCAGGACCCCACCACCCUCCAUGGCUCCCCUGGCCUUGGUGGGAUUCACACUCCUCCUGGGGGCUCCCCCGUGCUCGGGGGCAGCCACCCCAACCCCCUCUCUGCCGCCUCCCACCACCAAUGACAGCGACACCAGCACGGAGGUCUGCCAGGGCUCCAACCGCUGCCAGCCGGGGGUCCUGCUGCCCGUCUGGGAGCCCGACGACCCGUCGCUGGGCGACAAGGCAGCACGGGCUGUGGUCUACUUUGUGGCCAUGGUCUACAUGUUCCUGGGCGUGUCCAUCAUCGCCGACCGCUUCAUGGCAUCCAUCGAGGUCAUCACAUCCAAGGAGAAGGAGAUCACCAUCACCAAGGCCAACGGCGAGACCAGUGUGGGCACCGUCCGCAUCUGGAACGAGACGGUAUCCAACCUCACGCUCAUGGCCCUGGGCUCCUCGGCGCCCGAGAUCUUGCUGUCCGUCAUCGAGGUCUGCGGCCACAACUUCCAGGCUGGCGAGCUGGGCCCCGGCACCAUCGUGGGCAGCGCUGCCUUCAACAUGUUCGUGGUCAUCGCCGUGUGCAUCUACGUCAUCCCAGCUGGCGAGAGCCGCAAGAUCAAGCACCUGAGGGUCUUCUUCGUCACGGCCUCUUGGAGUAUCUUCGCCUAUGUCUGGCUUUAUCUCAUCCUUGCCGUCUUUUCCCCGGGGGUGGUCCAGGUGUGGGAGGCGCUGCUGACCCUGGUGUUUUUCCCGGUGUGCGUGGUGUUCGCCUGGAUGGCCGACAAGCGGCUGCUCUUCUACAAGUACGUGUACAAGCGCUACCGCACCGACCCGCGCAGUGGCAUCAUCAUCGGCGCCGAGGGCGACCCCCCCAAGAGCAUCGAGCUGGACGGCACGUUCGUGGGCGCCGAGGUGCCAGGCGAGGUGGGCGGCCUGGGCCCGGGCCCCGUCGAUGCCCGCGAGCUGGACGCCAGCCGCCGCGAGGUCAUCCAGAUCCUCAAGGACCUCAAGCAGAAGCACCCGGACAAGGACCUGGAGCAGCUGGUGGGCAUUGCCAACUACUACGCACUGCUGCACCAGCAGAAGAGCCGCGCCUUCUACCGCAUCCAGGCCACGCGGAUGAUGACCGGCGCGGGCAAUGUGCUGCGGCGACAUGCGGCAGACGCCUCGCGCCGCGCCUCCCCGGCCGAGGGCCCCUGCGAGGACGAGGACGACGGUGCCAGCCACAUCUUCUUCGAGCCCAGCCUCUACCACUGCCUGGAGAACUGCGGCUCCGUGCUGCUGUCAGUCACCUGCCAAGGCGGCGAGGGCAACAGCACCUUCUACGUGGACUACCGCACGGAGGACGGCUCCGCCAAGGCUGGCUCCGACUACGAGUACAGCGAGGGCACGCUGGUGUUCAAGCCAGGCGAGACGCAGAAGGAGCUGCGCAUCGGUAUCAUCGACGACGACAUCUUUGAGGAGGACGAGCACUUCUUCGUGAGGCUGCUGAACCUGCGCGUGGGCGAUGCGCAGGGCAUGUUCGAGCCCGACGGCGGAGGGCGGCCCAAAGGGCGGCUGGUGGCGCCUCUGCUGGCCACUGUCACCAUCCUGGACGACGACCACGCGGGCAUCUUCUCCUUCCAGGACCGCCUGCUGCACGUGAGCGAGUGCAUGGGCACCGUGGACGUGCGCGUCGUGCGCAGCUCGGGCGCGCGCGGCACUGUGCGCCUCCCCUACCGCACGGUGGACGGCACAGCGCGCGGUGGCGGCGUGCACUAUGAGGACGCGUGCGGCGAGCUCGAGUUCGGCGACGAUGAAACCAUGAAAACUCUGCAGGUGAAGAUAGUUGAUGACGAGGAAUAUGAGAAAAAGGAUAAUUUCUUCAUCGAGCUGGGCCAGCCGCAGUGGCUUAAGCGAGGGAUUUCAGCUUUGCUGCUCAAUCAAGGGGAUGGGGACAGGAAGCUGACAGCGGAGGAGGAGGAGGCUCGGAGGAUAGCGGAGAUGGGCAAGCCGGUGCUUGGGGAAAACUGCCGUCUGGAGGUCAUCAUCGAGGAGUCAUAUGAUUUUAAGAACACUGUGGAUAAACUCAUCAAGAAAACAAACUUGGCUUUGGUGAUUGGAACCCAUUCGUGGAGGGAGCAGUUUUUAGAGGCCAUUACGGUGAGCGCAGGGGACGAGGAGGAGGAGGAGGACGGGUCCCGGGAGGAGCGGCUGCCGUCCUGCUUUGACUACGUCAUGCACUUCCUGACGGUGUUCUGGAAGGUGCUGUUCGCCUGCGUGCCCCCCACCGAGUACUGCCACGGCUGGGCCUGCUUCGGCGUCUGCAUCCUGGUCAUCGGCCUGCUCACCGCCCUCAUCGGGGACCUGGCCUCCCACUUUGGCUGCACCGUUGGCCUCAAGGACUCCGUCAACGCCGUGGUCUUCGUGGCCCUGGGCACCUCCAUCCCUGACACAUUCGCCAGCAAGGUGGCUGCGCUGCAGGACCAGUGCGCGGACGCGUCCAUCGGCAACGUGACAGGCUCCAACGCGGUGAACGUGUUCCUGGGCCUGGGCGUGGCUUGGUCGGUGGCUGCAGUGUACUGGGCGGUGCAGGGCCGCCCCUUCGAGGUGCGCACGGGCACGCUGGCCUUCUCCGUCACGCUCUUCACCGUCUUCGCCUUCGUGGGCAUCGCCGUGCUGCUGUACCGGCGCCGGCCGCACAUCGGCGGCGAGCUCGGCGGCCCGCGCGGCCCCAAGCUCGCCACCACGGCGCUCUUCCUGGGCCUCUGGUUCCUGUACAUCCUCUUCGCCAGCUUGGAGGCUUACUGCCACAUCCGGGGCUUCUAGCGCCCCUUGCAGAGACUCGGCCUCCCCACCCCCACCCCCGGGAGACGGCGGCACGGGCGGCUCCUCUCGCCUCCUGGUCCGGGGCUCGGCCUCCCUGCCUCCUGGGAAUUGAUCGUGUCCCCACCAACCGCCUCCUCCCUUCCGCUCGGGAGCCUGCCCAGGGCCUCCUACCAGUCACUCACAACUCCCACCCAUCCCUGUUAGUUUCCGUCUGCACCCUGGGGGAAAUCUCCGCCUGGACGUCCAUCCUCUCGGUGACCCUCUAGAGAAUCUAGCAUCUCUCUCCCUAGACACUCAACCUUGACUUUCCUCUGGAGGACCCACCGCCGCCGCUGCCGCGGAUGGACCUGUGUGCCCCAGGCCCUCAGAAUUUAGCCUUCCCCGGGGCACUUUGAAGGAGGCUGAUCCUCCUAGGAUAGCGCGGAUUUCAGCCCUUUCCCCAACCUCCCGGGCGCCGGGUUCCGCCGCCAGGGGAGGGGGAGGGGAAAGGGCCGUGUGCGUGCGGGCCCAAAGGGGGCCAUUUCUUCCCUGAUUUCUCCACUCAGGCCCUUGGGAGGACGCUAAUUCUCGAGGCUUGGAGAAGGGAGGGGAGCAGUUCGGGGUUUCUGAGCUGGAGGGGGAAUA